AAGGCGGGCCCACCAACACUGUAAACAGGAAAUGAACGACUCGUGACAAAAACAUGUCUUAUAAAGAGUAAUUCCGCGACUUUUUUCCACUACAACAUUGCACCUUUAUCGAGACAAGGCACCAAAAAUGCAGACACUACGGCAACGUCGGCUCAACGAGUUGAAGUUUGAAACCAAAAAAACAAACAGCACCAGUGAAAACAUGUCGCAGAAGAAAAAGUCAGGCUUCCAUUUCGACUUGUGGCUUUACCUGACCCUGCAGAACUGGAUUCUAGACUUCGGAAGGCCUAUUGUCAUGAUCAUGCUUCCACUCGAGUGGUUCCCACUGAAUAAACCAAGCGCCGGAGACUAUUUCCACAUGGCCUACAAUGUGAUAACACCCUUCCUCAUACUGAGGUUGAUUGAGCGCAGUCCAAGGGCAUUGCCUCGCUCAGCAGUCUACCUCUGCAUCAUUACUUUUGUCAUGGGAGCCAGCAUCCACCUGGUGGGAGACUCCAUCAACCACAGACUCAUCCUGAGUGGCUACCAGCUCCAUCUGUCAGUCAGAGAGAAUCCGAUCAUCAAAGACUUAAAACCUGCCUCGCUGAUUGACUCCUUUGAAUUGCUGUAUUACUACGAUGAACACCUUGGACAUUUAAUGUGGUAUAUUCCCUUCUUUGUCAUUCUCUUCAUUUACUUCACCGGAUGUUUCACUGAGGCUACAGAGCAGCAGAAGAUCCCAGUCAAAGGCCAGCUGUUGAUUAUACCCAGCGCACUAUAUUACUGGUACUUGGUCACUGAAGGACAAAUCACUGAGCUCUUCCUCCUCACCUUCUUUGCAAUGGGGGUCAUGAUGAUUCACCAGAGACAUACAGGCUUAAGCCCUGACAACAAUGGACUUUUCUUGUUCUAUAGUUUCAGUCUUACUUUGCUUCUAGUGGCACUUUGGGUUUUUUACCUAUGGAAUGACCCUGUGCUGCGCAACAAGUACCCUGGAUUAAUGUAUGUGCCGGAACCUUGGUCCUACUACACACUACAUAUAAAGAAAACCCACUGAAUUACGUCUGUUCAGAUACAGACAGUAGCCUGGCUUGAAGCAAACACCUACGGUUUCACUCUCUGUUUUGUUUUACACUUGCAAAUGUCUGUUAGUAGUAAUAUUGAGUUAUUUGACAUAUAUGGCUGAGUUCAAAUUUUCGACCAGUGGUUCUCAAACUUUUUUCACCAAAUACCACCCCAGUAAACACUUGGCUUUCCAAGUACCACCAUAAUGACCAACAUUAAAAUACAGUAGCAUAGUAGGCCCAAAUAUUAAUUAAAAAAACUAGGCAGAGAUUUUAUUUAACAAGUAUAUUUAAUAUUUUGGCUACUAUAACAUUACACACAGUUUGAUCAGUAACACUGUGUUUGAAUAUUUAAUUAUAGAGCUCACAGGUAUUUAGGCCGCACUUACCAAGUUUUAGAAGAAAUAAUCAUUUUUACAUAUAUUAGCCGCACCGGAUCAUAAGCCGCAGAUACACCGGUAUGGACCCACUAGCUGCGGAAGCUACCUCUCCAAUUAGCUAAACAGGCUCAAUAACUCAACAGUGACGUUUUGGUGAAAUAACGAAACUGAAACAAUACAAAAAGAAUGCCAUUGUAAGGUAAGAAUUCUAACAGACACUUGUAAACGUAUUAGCAUAAUCGCUAGUGCGACUAAUGCUAGCUUGAUUACAUCACGAAAGCGCAUACAAAGAAAACGCCACUACGGACAUCACAAAUGGGAUGGUUUCGUAAGUAUGAAUUGUUAUAUUGUAAAACUUACAAAUGUUUCUUGAAGUGAUGAGUAAAGAAUCCUUUCAAUCAGAAACGCUAUAGAAGAAUAGACGAGAGGGGAUAUACUUCCUCUUCAAGGCACGACACAGGAAGUACAUUUUCAACCCGCAGCCCCUGCUGUGAGCAAACUUAUCCAAAAGAUGGCGACUUCACACAAACAACAACUUUUCAGUGUCUCUGUCGGUGUUGAAAACUAUUUGUAAAAUACAAAACAUUAUAGUCGUUAGCCAAGAAAAAUCCAUAAAUUAGCUGCAUCAAUUUGUAAGCCACAGGGUUCAUAGCGUAGUACAAAAGUAGCGGCUUAUAGUCUGAAAAAUACGGUAAGUCAUUCUGUGGCGUACCACUAGAUAGAGCCUGUGUAUCGCAGUUUGAGAAUCACUGUUUUAGACCAAUUGGAAAGUUGGAUUUUCCGAACAGGCAUUUUGUUAUGAUAAGAGACAGUGUAUCGUCAAACUAGGGCUGCCAACCGUCCCUUGAAAAACGCAAUCGUACCAUAUUUAGAGACAAAAGCAUGCAUUCUGUGUUGCGCUGUCAAGGGACGCACUUUGUCCCAUAUUUUUAUGACUGUGAGAAUAGAAAAAUAGUGUCAAUUAGAAAUAGAUUCCAUCGAAUAAAGUCAGCGUCACAACAGUUCGCCAUUUUGUCUGAUGGCUGAUCUAUCAAACUCAUUGCAGUUCAAUUUUCUGCCAUUUUUGAGUAUUGGCUUUGUCUUGGCUGUCACACUAGUAGCUGCCGCCGUGGUUCUGGCAAUCGGAUUUCAAAGGUGACUUUUUACUGCAGUGACAUUUUGUCUGGGAAAAAAAGCAAUUGGGGACGUUCGUAGAUCGUUUUUAUCCGACGUAAAAGCUACACAUGUGGGUUUCACUUACAUGCUAGCUCAUCUUUUUAGUAACUCUGUUUUCUUGUUGUCAUUGUGAUUAUGUCUCGUCAUCUUGUGUUUUUAGGUUGUUGAACAUACACAUAAUAAUACAGGAGUACAACAUACAGUAACUAAUAAUAAGGUCAAAUAAUAUUUGCUUCAACUAGUAUUUUUACAAGUGUUAAAUUCAGACAAUGUUUCUAUUUAAUGACAAAUUACCACAAUAAAGCAUAACCACAUUGUAGCAUAAAGACAAAGACAGUAUAUAUUCCGAUCUGCCUCAUGAAUAAAGCACAAUGGAAAUGUUGCCAGCCAUAUAAAUAAGACACAUAUCUCAACUUGCCUUUGUUUUUGCUUAAGUAGUUCAUACAGUGAUGAAGGUUGCAGACCUGAUCUAUCAAAGCUGCACACGGAAUAUAUACUGUUUAAAGUUAAGCAGUACAAACUUCUGUCUAAAACACAGGGGUCAAACUCAAGGCCCGCGGGCCAUAUCUGGCCCGUCACAUCAUUUUAUAUGGCCCGCGAACGCCCUAGGAAAAUAUGCAUCAAUGAAGUACCUUAUCUUUUCAUACUAUUUUUGUAUCUGUUAUUUCCAUUUUGACAAAAAAAAAUAUAUGCACUGCAUGAAAUUGCAUACCUUUUUAAAUUUUUAACACUAUGCAAUAUUGCAACAAAUAAUAUAUUACCAUAGUUUCCACACAUUUUUAUUUGUUAAAAUAAAAAAUAAAUACUUCAAUAUCUGCUUAACUUAUGGUUUCAAAGCAAGUUAUCCAUUAAAUUGUACACUGUAAAGAGGACAAUAGAUAUUAUGUUAAAACAUUUUUUUUUAGAGCAUUUCAACUGAAAACUGUAAAUUGAAAAAAACUCUACCACUGUUUUAAUAUAAACAUUUUUUUUUUACUGUAAAAUCUACGGUUGUUGUUACUGUUAAUGGAAAAAUGGUACCACAGUUAUUUUAUGGUAACAAACUGGCAGCUCAGUUGCCAGAAUUUAAAAAAAUAACAGUGGUACUGUUUUUCUAUUUACAGUAAUAUGUUAAACAAACUACCUUAAAUUUUACAGUAAGAUUCUGGCAACUAAGCUGCCAGUAUUUUACCGUAAAAUAACUGUGGUACCAUUUUAAAAUGGUAAAUAAACAGUGGGUACUGUUUUCCAUCUACUGUAAUAUAAUGUUUUAAAAAAUCUGUAGAUUUUGCAUUAAAAAAAUGGUGACCAGAAUUUUAAUAUGAAAUAUACAAUUUUUUUUUUUACAGAAUAUAUUUAAUAAUAAAAUCCACAGGCAAACUCGUAAAUGAUUCACUGUCCCUCUGAUGGCAGUCAUAACUGCGACGUGGCCUCAAUGAAAACGAGUUUGACUCGCCUGGUUUAAAAAAAAUACUUAUUUUUAUUCUUAGAUAAGCAGAAACUAUUUUAUAUUUUUAUGUUUUAUUCAAGCAGGAAUUUAAUUUCAUUUUGUUCUGUUAAUUUUAUUAUUUUGGACUAAAAAAAGGAUUAUUGAAAAGUCGUUUCUCAUAUCACUCGUACCCGUGCAUAUAAUUAAAUUCUGCUUGGAGUCAAAAAGUUCUGUCUGUGUGUAGAUUGUCAGACAUCAGGUCCUUUAAUUCACAAAAAAAUGAAUGGAUGCAACUCUGAAACAUCUUCAACCAACAAGAAGAGUCCAGUUACCUUUAUUUACCCUUGUGGAUAUUAUAAAAACUCCUUUCCCGCGAAUAAAAAUGAGUUGACCAGCAAAGUGUCCAUUAUUUUUUUGUAGGGACUUGGCAACCCAAAGUGGAACACUUAUAAAUUUGUAGUUUUCCGAAACAUAUCUGAACACCUUAUGUCAGUGAAUGUUGACAGAAUUAAUACUGUAAGUACACUAAUGUGCUAGCUUGUUUUGCUCGUAAACGAGCAUAUUACCAGUUUAUGAGUUUAUCAUAAUUUGGUUAUCAAUUCCACUUUUCCAAAAAUUUAAUUUAAAACAGUAAUAACUGUGGGGGUUUUUACUGCUGUUUAUCAUUAAUACCAUCCAUCCAUCCAUCCAUCCAUCCAUCCAUCCAUCCAUCCAUCUUCUUCCGCUUAUCCGAGGUCGGGUCGUGGGGGCAGCAGCCUAAACAGGGAAGCCCAGACUUCCCUCUCCCCAGCCACUUCGUCCAGCUCUUCCCGGGGGAUCCCGAGGCGUUCCCAGGCCAGCCGGGAGACAUAGUUUUCCCAACGUGUCCUGGGUCUUCCCCGUGGCCUCCUACCGGUCGGACGUGCCCUAAACACCUCCCUAGGGAGGCGUUCGGGUGGCAUCCUGACCAGAUGCCCGAACCACCUCAUCUGGCUCCUCUCGAUGUGGAGGAGCAGCGGCUUUACUUUGAGCUCCCCCCGGAUGGCAGAGCUUCUCACCCUAUCUCUAAGGGAGAGGCCCGCCACCCGGCGGAGGAAACUAAUUUCGGCCGCUUGUACCCGUGAUCUUGUCCUUUCGGUCAUAACCCAAAGCUCAUGACCAUAGGUGAGGAUGGGAACGUAGAUCGACCGGUAAAUUGAGAGCUUUGCCUUCCGGCUCAGCUCCUUCUUCACCACAACGGAUCGAUACAGCGUCCGCAUUACUGAAGACGCCGCACCGAUCCGCCUGUCGAUCUCACGAUCCACUCUUCCCUCACUCGUUAACAACACUCCAAGGUACUUGAACUCCUCCACUUGGGGCAGGGUCUCCUCCGCAACCCGGAGAUGGCACUCCACCUUUUUCCGGGCGAGAACCAUGGACUCGGACUUGGAGGUGCUGAUUCUCAUCCCAGUCGCUUCACACUCAGCUGCGAACCGAUCCAGUGAGAGCUGAAGAUCCUGGCCAGAUGAAGCCAUCAGGACCACAUCAUCUGCAAAAAGCAGAGACCUAAUCCUGCAGCCACCAAACCAGAUCCCCUCAACGCCAUGACUGCGCCUAGAAAUUCUGUCCAUAAAAGUUAUGAACAGAAUCGGUGACAAAGGGCAGCCUUGGCGGAGUCCAACCCUCACUGGAAACGUGUCCGACUUACUGCCGGCAAUGCGGACCAAACUCUGGCACUGAUCAUACAGGGAGUGGACCGCCACAAUGAGACAGUCCGAUACCCCAUACUCUCUGAGCACUCCCCACAGGACUUCCCGAGGGACACGAUCGAAUGCCUUCUCCAAGUCCACAAAACACGUGUAGACUGGUUGGGCAAACUCCCAUGCACCCUCAAGGACCCUGCCGAGAGUAUAGAGCUGGUCCACAGUUCCACGACCAGGACGAAAACCACACUGUUCCUCUUGAAUCCGAGGUUCGACUAUCCGGCGUAGCCUCCUCUCCAGCACACCUGAAUAGACCUUACCAGGAAGGCUGAGGCAUACUUGCCAACCCUCCCGUUUUUAGCGGGAGAAUCCCGAUAUUCAGCGCCUCUCCCGACAACCUCCCGACAGAGAUUUUCUCCCGACAAACUCCCGGUAUUCAGCCGGAGCUGGAGGUCACGCCCCCCCC